AUGUUAUCUCAAAUUACUAAACGUUCAAUUACCAGAACCUCAUUCAUUAGAAACUUCUCCAUUUCUAGAAUUGCUAUGACUGAAGGUGCCAUUCCUCAAGGUAGUGAUGCUUUUGCUGAAAAGGAAAGAGCUGUUGAAAAUUUAUAUAUUAGAAAACAUGAAGCUGAACAAUUAAAAGAAUUAAAGAAGAAAUUAGAACAACAAAAGGAAACUAUUGAAAAAUUAGAAAAAGAACUUGAACAAUCUUCUCACAAGGAAUAA